CUCACUAUCAAGAAAUUUCUCCUUAGUUCUAGGUUGCUUUUCUCCUUGAUUAGUUUCCACCCAUUGUUUCUUCUCCUGCCUUCAGGUGCUUUGGAAGAUAGCUUGACCCCCACCCCCCUCCUCUUUGAGCAGUGAUUAGGCAACUGGUCAUAAGUCAAGGACUACCUUCCAUUGUGCUUUCCUAUGUGUGAGGCUACUGGAACCCACUUUCUGCAGUUUGAGAUGAGAGAAGAAACUCAGUCUUUGUAUCUUCAGCAACCUACUCACCAAACCCCAUCAGGACGAAAGCACCUCCAAUCAUAACAAAAGUCUGGACUGUGUCAGUGUACAUCAAGGCUGCUAAUCCUCCUGAAAGUAAGAUGGAGACUCAUAUGCAGAUCCUUCUGACCUCUUCUACCUCAAAGAAUCAUGCACACUGAUCUGUUUGUUGGAAACAUGACUACAUGAGCUAAUUCUACAAUUUUGUAAGGCUACAUUAACAGGAUCUUGCAAGUCUUAAGGUGCAAAGUUCUCACCGCCACUUUUAAGUGUGUGAUCCAUUAUGGUCAUCCAUACAUCCAUUACAAGCAUGCACAGGCAGGCAGCAUCUUUUUGGAAAGAUGCUUUCCCACAGGAUUCUGUUGUGAGUCAUGGCGGACUGAAGACAUCUCUGCAAAUGGCCAAGAUGACAACCGCUAUGUAGAACGAAAGAUUGCCAAGUUAAACUGGUUCUUCAAAUUUCUCCAGAGAAAGAAAAAAUCAAGAGAUCGCCCAUAACUGCUUUGAUUGACAGCACCUUGUGAGACCAUAAAACAAAGGUCUCUCACCCAUUUGAGUGCCAAGGGACAGGAGCAGAGCCUUUCAUGAAGAACUCCCUUUCUAAUCACUUUUGGAAAUGUUCAGCUUAAUCAUUUUAUGAAUAUUAGAGACCUUCAAAACAGCAAACUUAAAUUGGCACCAGGGUCUUGCCCAUGGAAUGCUGCUGAACUUGCCCAUGGGUGCUCGGCCUGAUUUUGCAACCCCAUCAUAAUAUAUUUGGAGAUUCUGAUAUCCAGCUUGAGUAGACCAAACAAAACUCAUUCUCAAGAAGAGAGAGAGAAUUGACAGAAAGACACUCCCGAAAAGAAGUGGUUCCCCAAGACUUCAACGCCAGAAAGAGCCAAGCGGAGCAGGUACAAUGGGAAGUGUUGGUUUUCCGUUGAAAUUAUCAGCAUGCAUUCUGAUCUUCCUGAUCCUGGAAAAUUUCUGUGUUACUUCUGAUGAACAUUGGUGCUAUAACGACCCAAAAUGUGGACCUAACACCUGGGGGCCUAUUGGCUCUUGCAGUGGCAAGAAACAAUCUCCCAUCAACAUCGAGAGCAAGGCAGCCAAACACAAAUCUAAUUUCGAAUCCAUAUAUUUCUCUGAGUAUGAAAACCUUAACAUCGCCAAGAAAGUAUGGAAUACAGGGCAUUACGCUCAAAUAAAUUUUGAGGUCAAAGCAACAAUCUCUGGUCCCGGAUUUUCAGCAAAAUAUUACCUGUGGCAGUGCCACUUCCAUUGGGGCACCGAAAAUAGCAAUGGCGCAGAGCACACAAUCGAUGGCAAACGCUAUGCCAUGGAGAUGCACUUGGUUCAUACUAAAAACAACAUGACUAUAGAAGAGGCAUCGAAGCAGUCUGAUGGAUUUGUCGUCCUGGCAUUCUUAUUAGAGGUAGACAAAGAGCAUAAACAAGUCACUCCAUGGGACACUCUAGCCAGGCUUUUCAAGGAAAUCCCAGAGAAAGAUGACUCUUAUGAUGUGAAAGGGGAAUUCUCUAUGGGUGGUUUAUUGCACACAGCAGAUUUUAGCCACUAUUACCGCUAUUCAGGCUCUCUCACUUCUCCACCCUGUGCCGAGGCUGUGGACUGGAUUGUGUUUCCAUACCCCAUUUACCUUUCAUACCAAGUGGCUAACAUAAUGAGAACCUCACUAUAUUUUACUACUAUUAAAGAUAACAGACCAAUGGAGAACAAUUUCCGUCCUACGCAGGACUUAAAUGGUCGAGAAGUCUAUUACUACACAGAACAUAAAUCACUGUUCACCUGCAUUGGAUAUUGCUUUUCCAGAUGGUUUUGAAGAGGAUUUCAGCUUCUCUUGAAUAAAACCUGGUCUUCCGGUCUUGAAUGUUGUGAGUCUAAUUUUGCACAAUAUUAAAUAAACUCAGUAAUAUCCAUAAAA